AUGCACAUCCCCUUUACCACCCUUGACGUCUUCACCUCAACCCGCUAUCUCGGUAAUCCUCUCGCUAUCAUUCGUCCUCCGACCCCUAAUUCCCUCUCUCAGAUACAAAAACUUCAAAUCGCUAAAGAGUUUAAUCUUUCGGAAGUGGUCUUUCUUCAUCUCCCUCGGGAAGAAACCACCGAUCCAAAGUCAAACCCUAAGGAAAUAAAAAUCGAUAUAUUUACUACCGAUGCGGAGAUUCCUUUCGCCGGUCAUCCUACUAUAGGUACUGCUUUUUAUAUUCGCAAUUAUCUAGGAUUGAAGAGUGUCGAGGCAUUAAUUACCAAAGCCGGGAGAAUCCCUCUCUCAUUUCCUGAUAAUAAUGGAAAAGGAAAAACAACCACAGCGCAAAUCCCCCACAACAUACACAUCCACACCACAACACACCCUUUCAAAGACUUCACCACAGGACACGAAACCCAAUGUCCAAUCAUCUCGAUCGUAAACGGUAUGAGUUUUAUCCUCGUUCAUCUCUCUUCGUUGGAAGAUCUUGAAAGGGUACAGGAAUUUGGGAAUCUUAAUAGAGAUUCUUAUUAUACGGGGCUUUUGGAUGAGGGCUGGGGGAGUGGUCUUUGUUGUACGAUGUAUUUUGUGGGUGUGGGGAAAGAGGGAGGGAGAGAGAUGUUUAGGACGAGGAUGUUUGCGGGAAUGGAGGAUCCGGGGACGGGGAGUGCGAGUUGUGCUUUGGCGUGUUGGUUGGGUUUGAGGGGGGUGGGAGGGGAGGGGAAGGGGGUUGGAACAGUAGAGGGGAAUGGGAAUGGAGGUUUAGAAAAAAGAUUUGGGUUUGUGCAGGGAGUUGAGAUGGGGAGGAGAAAUGAUAUUUUUGUGGAUGUGAGGAUGAGAAGUGAUGGGGGCGCUGUUGAGGAGGUAUUGUUGAGUGGUGAAGCAGUUAAGGUUAUGGAGGGGACGUUGGAGACAUUCUAA